GAGAAACAACACACAAGGAAAAAAUACACUUGACCACUUAAUACACUUGUAUAGAGUCAAUGGCGACUUCAACGAAAUCAUCAAGCAUUAGAAAAGCACAAGUGACAGUUUCAUGCUAUUUCUGCAAAGGUCAAGGAAUCAAAUGGACAUGUGUGGAUUGCAAUGUUCGCCUGUGUAACACCUGUAAAGUUACUGUCCAUCAAGGACUUCAGUGUUCACAAGAUCAUGACGUUAUUUCUAUUCAGGAUAUCAGCCAGUCAUCACCAAGUUCUCAGCAGGUAACGUUUGUAGUUAUUUCAUCAGUUUUCAAUUCCUACACAACUACUCUGCCAGCUGUUCAUACUUUACUUUGCUCGGACGACGGUUUACUUUACUAUACCUAUUGCCACAUACCAUCGAAUGGAAAUCAGUUUGUAAAAGGUAAACUCUUAAAAUCAUCAAUAAAGAUAUUACAAACCUUAAAGAAAAAUGUAUUUGACAUUGCAAUAAACAAAGAUGGUGAAAUACUUAUGAAAGAAUUUGACGUAAGUACUAUUCAAGUUAUAUCGCAUGUGGGUGAGGUCAAGACUGUUUUGGAUACUACUCCAAUGAUUUUAUUGGCCAUUCAUGUGAACAAAGACAAUGAAGUAAUAGUCAGCUUAAGAGAACAAGGACCACCGUUUCCAGUCAAGGAUUUUUCGGUCAGACAAGUUUUAAUAUUCAAUAGUGCUUAUCAACGAAAAUUUACAUUAGAAUUCGACAAAAAAGGAAAUAAACUGUUCAGUUAUGCAUUGCACAUUCGAACCGAUUCAAAAAAUGUUGUCUAUGUUGUUGAUUGUUUUGACAGACAAAAGAAUGGUCGAAUAUUAGCUGUAGAUAGAAAUGGCUGCAUCAAAUUUACCUACGACGGGCAAAAUAAUCUAGGAACCUUCAAACCAUAUGCAAUUACUGUAACGCAAAGUGAUAACAUUGUUGUUGCAGAUUAUAGUAACGAUGCACUUCAUGUUAUAAAUUCAAAUGGACAUUUACUUGGAGUUCAGUUCAUUUGUAAAGACUUUGGAAUCACUGAACCAUACAGUUUAUGCUUUGACACUAAGGGAUAUUUAUUAAUUGGUUGUGGAAAAGCCAAACAUGAGAACUACGGAAAAAUACAUGUCGCUAAAAUCACAGAUAGUAUGAUGUAAUAUGUUCGGUUGUUAAUUGAAAUUUGAAAAUUAUUAAAUAUAGAAUAACGGGUAUGGCAUAAUGAUUACAUUCAGAGUUAUAGUUACCCUGACAUGGGAAUAAAAUUGGAGAUUCUAGGGGAUAAGAUUUACAAGAAUUGUAGUAAAAUGUUCAAUAUUAUUUCCUCAAGUUCCACUAUUCAUUGUGUAGCAUCCAUUGUAGCCUUGUAGGAUAUGACGGAUGCAUAGAUAUUGUUUCAACGUUUGCAAUCGUGUGUUUAUAUUCUGUACGUAGUAUAUGUAGUUUGUUUAAUUACAUCUUUAC